AUUGUCUGUUUUGGGAUUGUGUAAUAAAUAGUAGCAGAAAAUUAUGAUUGAAAAAGAAAACACAAAGAGAAAAUAAAUCAUAAAAAGCAUGAUAUGAAAGAUUAGAAGCUGAAUCUCUCUGUCUUUUAUGCACACAGCUAGGUAGAAAAGUGUCCAAGAAAAUCCAAGACAGGACUCGUUCAAAAUGAUCCAAAAACAGUGCUCAAAUCCAUGCCCAUUACUUCACAGCCUGUAAUAUAAAAGAUAAUCCCAAGCACCCCAUGUGGGAUUCUUCUCCUUUUCUUGUUCAUCAACUCCCUGUGCUUCACUUGUUGUUUUGCCUGCUUUUCCUACUCGUUUUCUCUGCUUUAACUCUGAUUUAGAAGAGCCCUUUUGCCGAGAAAAUCCCUGCUCGGGCUUUCUUGGAUUUUCUUGGCCCAGCAUCAUCAUGUGGGACUCUGAGAGUGAAUCUGUUACUGGUAGAGAUUAUGAAAAUGGAAUCCUUUCCUCAAGCAAGCAUGGUGUCAAGAAUGAUGGAUUUGAGCUAAGAGAUCACUCGUGGUAUGUUGCGACUGAUAUUCCAAGUGAUUUUCUAGUUCAGGUUGGAGAUGUAAAUUUCCACUUGCAUAAGUAUCCAUUGCUUUCAAGAAGUGGAAAGAUGAAUAGACUAAUAUAUGAAUCGCGUGACCUGGGCCUCAACAAGGUGGCAUUGGAUGAUCUUCCGGGUGGACCAGAGGCCUUUGAGCUUGCAGCAAAAUUCUGCUAUGGCAUAGCCGUUGAUCUAACAGCUGCCAAUAUCUCUGGCCUAAGAUGUGCUGCAGAGUACCUUGAAAUGACAGAGGACUUGGAAGAAGGCAAUCUUACUUUCAAGACCGAAGCAUUUCUCAGUUAUGUGGUGCUAUCCUCGUGGAGAGAUUCUAUAGUGGUAUUGAAAAGUUGUGAGAAGCUCUCACCAUGGGCAGAGAAUCUUCAGAUUGUUCGAAGAUGUAGUGAGUCCAUCGCUUGGAAGGCUUGCGCAAAUCCUAAAGGAAUAAGGUGGGCAUACACCGGAAAACCCCCUAAAGUUUCUAGUCCAAAAUGGAAUGAGAUGAAGGAUUCAAGUCCUAGUAGAAACUCGCAAGUUCCGCCUGAUUGGUGGUUUGAAGAUGUUUCAAUCCUUAGGAUUGAUCACUUUGUUAGAGUCAUUACUGCAAUCAAGGUAAAGGGGAUGAGGUUUGAAUUGAUUGGAGCUGCUAUAAUGCAUUACACAGGAAAGUGGCUUCCAGGUUUGAUUAAAGAUGGGGGAAGUUCUAUAGAUGAAGCAAGCAAUAGCAGCAAUAGUAGUGGUGGCAGUAGUUGGAAAGGUGGACUCCAUAUGGUUGUGGCAGUUUCUAAAGAUGACACCCCAACAGCUGAAACCAAAGAUCAACGGAUGAUCGUCGAGAGCCUGAUCAGCAUAAUUCCACCACAGAAGGAUAGUGUCUCUUGCAGCUUCCUUCUUCGCCUGCUGAGAAUGGCAAACAUGUUGAAAGUGGCACCUGCUCUGGUAACUGAAUUGGAGAAGCGCGUAGGAAUGCAGUUCGAACAGGCUACAUUGGCAGAUCUUCUAAUUCCCUCUUACAAUAAAAAUGAAACUUCGUAUGAUGUGGAUCUGGUUCAGAGACUUCUCGAGCAUUUUCUGGUUCAAGAGCAGAUAGAAAGUUCAAGUCCUGCCACGCAAUCAUUUUCUGACAAACAUAUGUACGACGGAGCUCAAAGGGGUGCCAAUCCAAGUGCCAAGAUCAGAGUAGCAAGGCUUGUUGACAGUUAUCUUACAGAGGUGUCCAGAGAUAGAAACCUUUCGCUAACAAAAUUCCAGGUGCUGGCAGAAGCUUUGCCUGAUUCUGCAAGGACCUGCGACGAUGGACUAUAUAGAGCAAUUGAUUCCUAUCUUAAGGCUCAUCCAACACUGUCUGAGCAUGAAAGGAAGCGCCUCUGUCGUGUGAUGGACUGUCAAAAACUCUCAAUUGAUGCCUGUAUGCAUGCUGCUCAAAAUGAAAGACUACCACUUAGAGUUGUAGUCCAAGUACUCUUUUCUGAACAGGUUAAAAUAAGCAAUGCAUUAGCAAACAAUUCCCUGAAAGAAACUGGUGAAACUCAGUACCAACCUAUGAUAUCAAACCGAAAAUCUCUACUUGAAGGGACGCCACAAUCAUUCCAGGAAGGAUGGGCAGCAGCCAAGAAGGACAUUAACUCACUCAAGUUUGAACUCGAAACCGUCAAGGCUAAAUAUCAUGAGCUCCAAAAUGACAUGGACAUUUUGCAGAGACGGUUUGAUAAAUUGACAAAUAAGAAACAGGCGUCAGCAUGGACCACAGGGUGGAAGAAACUAAGCAAAUUCACCAAGAUGACAACUUUGGAAAACCAUGAUAUCGAUCCUCAGGUUGCUACAGCUCCUGGAGAACAUACUAGUAACACAACUAGAAGGUGGAGAAAUUCUAUUUCCUAAAAGGUGAUAUAGUUCAUUUUGAUUCUGUAUUCCUAUUGUUUACUUUUAUUUUCCUUCUACUUCUUUGUUUCUUUGGAAGUGCAGGGUUUUCGUUCUUUCUAUUUUUAUUCAAUUUCAGAUAUUACCUUAAGAAAACUAGUACAAGUCCAAUUUGUUACCAAAA